AUGGUUGGGGACGUUCGUAACCUUCUCAAGAAGAAGGAUCUAGAGCAUUUAGAGGAGAAGUUUAGCUUGACCAAACACGACCCAACCCUUCCUGAAGGGCGGCAAUGGGCGAAUACUCCUCCCCUUGGGAAGAUCACCGUCUAUGCCAAAUAUUUUGAGCUCGGCCUCCAUCUCCCCGUCCUUUCUUUCAUUCGAGAUAUUCUAGACGCCUAUGGGCUCCCCUUGGCACAGCUUACUCCGAAUUUCAUUACUUCGGUGCUGACGUUUAUACAUGUGUGCCACAAGGUGGAGGUCGUCCCCGACGUCUUUCUCUUUGGGUGUUUUCAUAAAUUGGUCCGUGGACCAAAGAACUUUCCAAGUUGGCUCAGCUUCACAAAAAAUCAGAAGGGACCCAAGAAAGAGCUAGCUAUGCCGAGUGAAGGUUCUAAGCCACGGAAAAAUGAAUAUAAGACGUGGAAGGCUGAGUAUCUCUAUAUCAAUUCCUCACUCGCUGACCUUCCCGAUUGGAACUACGCACUUGAGGGUGACAAGAUAUUAGAUCCCUGGUCCACGUCUGAUCAGGCGGACCUGACUGAAAGACAACCCGACCUCGACAAGUUGGUGUCGUGGACGGAGUCAUACAGCUAUCUUGAGAUAGCUGCCAUGAGUGAUGCCAUUACUAAUUCUGAGCGAGAGUCUCAAAGCAUGCCCCUAUCUCAGCAAGAUCCCUCGGCCUUCGGUGGAGAGAAGGUGGUGCCAUCUGUGGCUGUGCGGGACCCUCUACCCUCAAAUCAACAGCCACCAACAGGUCCUGCGUCUAAGCAUAAGAGACCCGCUCUGCCUUCAGAGGAUGCUUCAAAGCGGGUCCGAUUUGAAGUGACAGUUACUCCCAUCUCCACGGUUGUUUCAGGAGGGCUAAUUCUUACCCCUGACGAUCUCCUGAAGGAGACGUAUACUGAAAAGGACCCCCGUCCGCGGAAAGUGAAGUCGGCGGACAUCCCUAGGGGUACGGCUUUUGUGCAGUUCAAGCCCCCCCAAGGUGUUGUGCAGACCGCGGCCUCCUUUGGUCGUCUUAUUCAUAAUUACGUCGACCUUGGGUCCACGAAUGAGAAUAUGGUGGCCAGGCUCACCGAGGAGCUUCAAGGGGUCAGGUCUGAGUUGGACAAGGCAAAGCAGGAGGCCCAGUGUUGGAAGGAUCAAUUGACAAUUGCGACUAAGGCUCUCACAGAGAAGGCGAAGGCCUACGAGGAAUCUAUGAAAAAAGUGAAGAAGGAAUGCAUCCCCAAGACUUCCUUGGGGAAGCUUAUAUUGGCCGCGCUCCGUGUCUACCUCCAAUCAAGCUAUUCCCGGCAUCGAGAUUGGGAUGAUGGAGGCAGCCUGGGAAAUCCAGGACGCCCUAAAGGAUAA